GGGCUCGGCGUCCGCCGGGGGAGGGCACAGCAGCGACCUCGGGCGGCGAGCCGCAGCGGCCGGGCAUGGCGGCGUGGAGCCCGGCCACGGCAGCGCCGCUGCUCCGCGGGAUGCGCGGGCUUCCACUCUUCCACUGUGCCCGGCGGCUCUUUGCCUCCCAGACUGAGGGCGAGCUCAAGGUGACGCGGGUUCUCCAAGAGAAGUUUCCCCGGGCCACAGCUAUCAAAGUCACAGACAUUUCAGGAGGCUGCGGAGCCAUGUAUGAAAUCCAAAUCGAGUCGGAAGACUUUAAGGCAAAGAAAAUUGUCCAGCAGCACCAGAUGGUGAAUCAGGCCCUGAAAGAAGAGAUCAAGGGGAUGCACGGACUGCGGAUCUUCACCUCCGUCCCCAAGCGCUGACCACGGCCCGGCUGCCUGGAUGUUGCUGCUUCAGACCUUGGAUGAACUUGACGGACAGUUCCUGCCUAGGAGCUUGCCAAAAGAUUUUUUUUUAAUCUAUUUUAUUCAAAGACAUUUCCAUAUAAUAAUUAUAGAAGAAUAUGUUAUCUAUCUAUUUAGAUGUUAAUUAAAGACCUGAAGACACUGUAGCUCCCAGAGUGUCCUCUGCUGUCCAAGGUGCUCUAAAGACGACUUCGGGCCAUGUGGUGGGACAGGUGUGGCGGCCACAGCCGGGUUGGUGCUGUGUGGCUGCUCUGUCUCGUCACAUUUCCUUCCUCUGUGAAACUGCUCAAGUGCCAAAAGAAAAGGUCCUUUGGUUGUGCUGUUGCC